AAGCGGCACAGCGCACAUGCUAAAAAGAUCUUCAAAUGACUGAUCGCACAGAUGGGUGGUGUCUGUCGUCAGCGCUGGCUCGCUCAACCGUCAAGGCGCGCUGGCAGGACUGCCACUGUCAACCAGUGUCUCCUGGCUCCGGUGUGAAGCGAAUCCUCGAUUCCUCCUCUGUGCAUUUCAUUCAGGAAUACAUCAUUCUUCCAGUAGACCAACGUAUCACUCCUCACUUCGUACUUAUUUUCCCCUCGCCUUAGGAUACUGGCAGUGUUGGUUGCUGGCACACUGGAAGCAGGCUGGCAGAGAGCUUCUGUAGAUCGAUUGGCGAUGAAUUGCAAAUUCUGCCCCUUCUCUCGGCGUCGGCUGUGCCGCACGUCUGUGGCGGUAGAGAGCAGACGACAGCAGCGACUGGCCUCGAAAGACAUGGCGGACGCUGAGGCCUCGGAGAAGAUUUCUCUACACGCGAUAGACGAUGUGGAGGAAACGACUGCUGAAAACGACCUGUCGUGGAGGGAAAAACUAGCAGAACAACUCAAAAGCAACAGAGUUCAGUACACGAUAAUCGUUCUUGUUAUUCUGGACAGUGUCAUCGUCGUGUUAGAGCUACUCAUCGACAUGGGGAUCAUCGUCAUUCCUGAGGAUCAUCCGCAUGAGUUAUCAACUAACGGAAGUGCUGAAAUCGCUCCAAACCAUCAUCCACUUCACUCCUCACACACAGGCAUUCCAGAAGGUCUGCAUGUCAAUGUCUCCCACAAAAAUCUCAGCGAAUCCAGCGGAAAUGCGCACGGAACGAGCGAGGACGAGAAACAUGCGCCUAACAAGCACGUGGCAGAGCACGUGCUUCACGUUGCCAGCCUUACCAUUCUUGCCAUCUUCCUUGUCGAGGUUGUGGCAAAAAUUUUAGCAGAAGGGACACACUUGCUGAAACACAAAGCAGAGGUAUUCGAUGCUGUGGUUGUGGUGGUCUCCUUUACGAUGGACAUCACGUUCACCUUUGUCUCCGUCACCGAUGCCACGCGUGACUACGCAGGUCUUCUUGUCCUACUUCGUCUGUGGCGCGUCACCCGCAUUAUUAAUGGCGUCAUCUUGUCCGUCAAAAUGGACGCCGACAAAAAGUUGAACGCACAAAAGGUUCUGCGCGCCAAAGCAGAAGAGGAAGUGCAGAAACUGACAGAAAAAGUGGAGCAGCUACAGCGAGACAACGAGAUGCUUAAGGCUAGAAUCAACCAAAUGGAAGAGGGAAAAGAAGUCAUUCGGUCCGAGCUCUCGAACUCCACAACACCAGUGGAGGAGAGUGAUCGACGAUGCAACGACAAGGGAGUGUCUUAAUCCUGGAUGUAAGAGAACGAGUGAACUCCAGUUGCAAUAACGUGUGUGGGGAAACCUGUGGCCUGUGCAGCUGACGUAUGACUGGCCAACGAGACCGAAGUGAGGAGGAAUGGCAUCAGCUGCAAAAUGAUUGGAGCUAUUGAUGCGUGCGAUUUUAGCAUGACAAAAAUAGUGACACAGUGGAACAGAUCUGCUUAUUUUUGUCUUCAAGAAUAUUCAGGAAAUAAGCGAAAAACGGGUGGGAAUCCAGCUCACUUUCCCGGGAAAGCUGGACAAGAUUAGAUGAAAGAAAUUCUCGUAGUAGCUGGUGUUAAAAAGGAGAACAAGAGAUGAAUAUUCGUUGGACCUUACCGAUGUGCUGAGCUGCUGCUUCUCGACGACGAGUCGGCAAAGAUGCAGUAAUGCAGUGAUUAUACAGUGACAGCCUUGUCUUCCUGCCUAGCCACUAGUUACGUUUUGCAAUCAAACCGAGAUUCAAGUGCUUGUCGAGAGACCUUAUGGUAUCAGAUAUAAAACCAUGAAAUCUUGACCUGCACGUCUGUUACUGGAGGAUGUAUUUACUUUGCGGGAUGUAGAAGUGGAUUGCUUCCGUAGAUUAACAAAUUGUCUUACGAGAGAAACUUCUGUAGACGAUACCGAUGCAUACUUUGUAACGACAGAAAUGAUUCAUGUGCAACGUGUAGGUAGCAUAUUUUUGUCUAUAACCUGCAGAAUUUCUUGUUAUAGAGAUAUGUAAUCUGACAUUUGUUGAGAGGAGGAAAGAACCUGUUAGGUUGAGUGUAGGUUUGUGAAACUACUAAAUACUACAUGGUAGUAAUAUUAGUGCUCACAAGGUGUUAACUAUAACACAGACUGGACGUCAUCAGAGUUUUGGGGUUUGUUGAAUUUUGCGACCAUUAGCUUGUAGGCUGUAGAAACAGUGCAACUGUAAGGCCUUCAAGUACCAAUGAACGCCUCUUGAACCUAUACAGACCAUUUCAGUUGAAUAAUGAGUCAAAGAAUAAGUUAGGUGUUUAUCUCGCUUCUCGAGUCUGGAAGUAGAGCCUUAUCUGAAAGACGUUGUUUUUGCUUUUGGCCAUCCUUCAUCUUGUGGUCAACAUAUACAUGAAAUAACUUGAAAUGUUAUACUGGGGGACCACAAUAAUUUUGGUCCACGCGGUGAAUGAUUUUUUCUUCUAUUCUUAGUUUUAGGUUUAUAUAUGUUGUUACGUGUGAUGCAGUUAUAUAUACCAUAGAAGGUGAGAUGAUUACUUUCAUUUGGAUUCACGAAAUCGCGCAUCGUUCUCUGCUAUGGAAAAAGGGGAAAAUGCACAUAGACAAACUAUCUAAACAAGACUCGUGUGUGCAAGUAAUUAAUAUGCUUGUUGGUCUAAUGCUGUUAUGUAUAAUGCUGUUAUUAAUCUGAAGUUCAUUGUCAAUGACCGAAUGAUGAGGCUGACAUUGAUUAAGAGUGAGGGAAUAAUGUGUAAAUGUGAUUAGCUGUAAGUUGGAGAUAAAUACAAAAAAACAGCAGUGAGAAUAUUUCAUUUAGUUUUCUGUCAAAAGACAUUGUUUUUAUGGUGCGUAACAAAUGUAUAAUACAGCCAUAUAUUUUGCUGGAUGAAUGUGAUAACCUAGCCAGUUACAAUAUCGAUGUCCUCUUCAUAUCAAGAAACAGUUUUGAGUUACAUGAAAAAAGAUAAUCUGAUUUUGUAGGACUGCUUACAGCCCUGACUAGUUUACUUUGGUGGUGGUGCGGGAAUCGAUCACAGUAAUAUACCAGUGAAGUGAGACAGAAGAAAUGAUCGUGCUAUAGCCAUCAGCGAUAUAGAACACGAUAAAAGAUAAUUGCCAUGACUGGCCAAGUCGGCUGAAAGUGAUACUGUAAUCUUAGUUUUAUGGUUAAAAAAAAGACUGGAGUUUCCAUAACACAAUAACUACGCUGCUGUCAUUGCCAGGCGUGCAUGUUUUGUCAUAGUGUCGGUCAGAAGAGGGAAAUAAGUAGGUGAGAAUAUAAGCCAACAUCAAGUGAUCAUGGCUAUAGAAUCGCGGAAGAAUCUUUCAAGCCGAUGGGCCACCAGAAAACGUUUACAAAAAGCAAUGACAAAUAUUUUUCUUCAUUAAUUUCCACCAAAUUUUCGAAAUUCAGAGUUAGAGAGAAAACUGUACAGCAGCAAACUGGUUUUUGUGUUACGUUGAUAUCUUUAUUUAAGUUUGAAGAUAUUGGAGAGUUUAUAGCAUGUACACAAGUACUGGUCAUGUGCCUCUUCAUUUUAAACCCUUUGAUUUUGUUAAUGGCAAAAAAAGAUAUCAUACUCUAUAGAUUUGAAUAACUGUAACUACUGGCCAAUCAAAUUUUGUACAUUUUUUUAGUUUGUUCAUUUAGGACAUAGUCAAGUUUUUCUCUUGUUUUAUACUAAUUUUGUUUGAGUUUUAUAUGAGCACUUUACAUAUACGAAAAUCAGCACGACCAUGUAGACACCUAGAGAUAAAUUUAGAGUAACCAACGAUUUUUGUUUAGGUUUUCUUAGAAUUCCAUGAUGUAGUUAUUAUAAUUCGUUGAGUUUUGUGAGGGUGAUGGAGCUAGCUGUUUUCUCUAGGUCUUUCUUGGAACUCCAUAGCAUGUUUGCCAGUGUAUGGCUCUAUAUGUCAUCAUCUAUGAAAUUAAUUGUUGAUUGCAUUCUAGAACUCCGUUUUUGUACAUAUAAAACAAUGUUCAACACUGCUACAAGAAACAUUUUAGAAUGCAAAAGGGAAUUACUAUGAAGGAAGAAGCAACAACCUUUCAUGUUCUCUUGAAAACGGCUACUGCUGAUUAGAGAUCUAAUGAACAUGUUGUAUUACAAGUUCUUCGAAUGGCAGGCUGCUAAUGGUCAACCUGUUUGUCAAAGUCGACCUAAUUACAAUUCUGUGUCACUACUUGUAAUCGUAGAUGCCAUCUCUGACUCCGGAUGCUUGUGUAACAUCACAAUAAACGUGGAGA